GUAAUAGCUCAAAGAAGAAACCUUCCGUAUUUCGUCGUUAAAUUGUCAUAUCUGCCAUUCCGUAUUUCGUCGUUAAAUUGUCAUAUCUGCCAUCGAUCGCCGCCGAAUCCCCUUUCCAGCUAUCUCCGAUCUCUCCUCUUCUCCGAUGGCUGCGGCGGAGCUUAAAGAAAGUCUCCUCCCACCAAUACCCUCAACAUCCUCUUCCUACACCAGCGCCAAUGUUUCCUCCAGCCGACGCCUCUUCUUCCCUGGCAUGGACGUCAUCGGCCUCAAGAAGCGUGGCCAGGGCCUUCGCUCCUGGAUCCGCGUCGAUGCUAGAACAGGAAUCUCACAGUCUAUCGAGCUCGACAAGUUCUCGAUCAUGAAGCGCUGCGACCUGCCGGCGCGCGAUAUCCGCCUCCUCGACCCGCUCUUUGUGUACCCCUCCACGAUUCUCGGCCGCGAGCGGGCGAUCGUUGUAAAUCUCGAGCAGAUCCGCUGUAUAAUUACUGCCGAUGAAGUCCUUCUUGUCAAUUCCCUGGAUCCCUACGUGCUGCAGUAUGUUGAGGAGCUGGGGCGCCGCAUAGCCGCAAACAAGGGGCAGGAUACCGUUUCCUUCGGUGGCCGGGCUGCGUUGCCGGAUUACCUGCCGUUUGAGUUUAGAGCUCUUGAGGCCGCGCUCGAGGCUGCUUGCACGUCUCUUGAUUUGCAGGCUGAAGACUUACAAGUUGAAUCAUAUCCUUUUUUAGAUCAACUAACAUCCACAAUCAGUACCAAAAACUUGGAACUUGUUCGUCGUUUAAAAAGCAGACUUGUUGCUUUGACCAGAAGGGUUCAGAAAGUGAGAGAUGAGAUUCAGCAGUUGAUGGAUGAUGAUGGGGAUAUGGCUGAAAUGUACCUUACUGAAAAGAAAAUCAGGAUGGAAAAUUCAUUCAACGAUGAUCAGCCUUUGCCAGUCUAUAAUUCUGCUGGCCCUAUAGUUUCUUGUUCUGCUCCUGUUACUCCUGUUUCUUCCCCACCUAAACCUAGGAAACUUGACAAAACCAUGAGCCUUGCUUGGAGUAAGCAGAGUAUCAGCUCAAGGAGUUCAGAAAGUAGUGCUGAAACGAUAGAUGAGCUCGAAAUGUUGUUAGAGGCCUAUUUUGUGGUUAUUGAUGACACUCUGAACAAGCUAACAUCGCUGAAGGAAUACAUUGAUGACACAGAGGAUUUCAUCAGCAUUCAGCUGGACUCUGUUCAGAAUCAGCUCAUCCAAUUUGAGCUGCGACUAACAACUGUAACAUUCAUUACUGCAAUAUUUGGUGUGGUUGCUGGAAUAUUUGGCAUGAACUUCGAAGUCCCAUUGUUUGAGGAACCAUUUGCAUUCCUAUGGGUACUCGCUACCACUGGAGCUUGUGGGCUGUUGAUAUUCUUAGGCUUCUUUUGUUAUUUCAGGUACAGAAGACUAAUGCCAAUGUAAAGAUCAAAUGGAUUUCUGGAGAUAAGUGUCCUCCGAUCAUUUUGUUAUAAAAUUUUAUUGGAUUUU